UCUUCCGGUGACGAAAUCAAUCGGCAGACAAGGGACUGUGGAGGUGUAGUUGUUUGUCCCUUCCACGUCAAUCCCGGCUUCUGUUAUCACACUGUUACACGGGUGGAUCGCCACAAUAAAACUUGUUAGCAGGUAUUUAAUAAGGAAUAUGGACCUAUGCAUGCUGGGUAUGCAACCUGAGGAAAGACCAAAAAAUGAGUUUUAACUGUGUGUGGAUAUUUCUUCUUUUUGUACAAUUUGUGUUGUGUUCCUUCGAUCCGCGGACAUUGCAGAAAGCUGGUUGCUAUAGAAUGGGUCACACUAGAACAGUACAGAUACCUGGCUGUUUAGAAUUCAAUGUUACAACCAAUGCUUGUAGAGGAUUCUGCGAGUCUUACGCCAUCCCCUCGUCCCAAAGAACUUUGUCCGCAAAUACUAGACAUAUUCUGACGUCACGGGCAGAAUGCUGUGGAAUUGAAGAAACGCACGAUAUAACAGUGUCGGUGGGAUGCGCAGAUGGGCUGCGCGAAGUGACGUUUAAGUCCGCCAAAACCUGUGCCUGUUCCGUAUGUCGUUAUGUUUAGUAAAAGGUUCCGAUGACAGUAAACAACGAUCGAGAAUUUGUCAUGUGAUACAUUCAAUGUGCUUCAUCGAGUGGCAAGGUCACAUCUUAAAUAAUAGGCAAAACAAACAAACAUUCUGAUUCACUUCUUUCAUUUUCGUAUCAUUUGAAAAUAAAAGGUAUCGACUGCAUUCGCAAUUUUUUAUUCAACUUUGUUGUGGAAGGCAUAUGACGUCAUUUAAAUCCUUCUUUAAUUCUACUACAUGUGUGUUACAUCUUUACUUACAGCUAACUUGAUUUAAUAAUAAAUUAUAUAACACUU